AUGGAGAGCACGCAAUAUUAUAGCCGCUUGGUUGAGCUGAACAUGCUAGCCGAAAGUAUCUUCUGCAAUAACAGGCAGUUAAUCCUCAUCGAUAACAACCUGAAUGGGGUCAGAGCUACGAAGGGGGGAUAUCGGCGAAACGAAAUCGAAAACAGAAUCGGAAAACUGUGCACGUAUAACAAUUUGUUCAUCACACUCAACAAGGCCCAGAUAAAUGAGCACCUGGACAGUGUCGAGAAGGUCCUUACGGAACGGAGAGACAAAAUAAGGGAAAAGAGGAAAGUGCUUAUUAAGCAGUUGGUCAAGUUAAACCCCAGUGUAACGGAAAUGCCUCUGGAGGAAGCCAAGUUCCUUCUUAGGUGA